GGAGCAGGAAACCUUGUUUUUCUCCUAGGGAACUGCCAGUAGGCUUGAACUACCUACCAUGUGGUGAGCAGUCCAACAUUGACCCAACGGUGCCAACAGAGCUCCUUAGACAGCAAAAUGCCAUUUUGUACUCCCUGAAAGUGUCCAUAAGAAUGCCUUUUUUACACACCUUUGAAGCACUAGUCUUUGCUCAGUUACAAAAAUAUUUAUCAAAAGAUCAUUUUAUUCACAUUUCUUGAUUACCAGUCAGGUUGCAUAUCUUUUCAUAUUUUUAUUGACUUUUUGUGGUUUGUGUGCAGCUCAUGGUUGAAAGCUCAGAAGAGAGAGAAAAAAUCAAGAGAGGAUGGAUGCAAAAGCCCGAAAUUGUUUGCUUCAACACAAAGAAGCCUUGGAAAGGGAUAUCAAGACAUCCUAUAUCAUGGAUCACAUGAUCAGUGAUGGAGUUUUAACAAUAUCAGAGGAAGAGAAAGUAAAGAUUGAGCCCACUCAACAGCAAAGGGCAGCUAUGCUAAUUAAAAUGAUACUUAAGAAAGAUAAUUAUUCUUACAUAUCAUUCUACAAUGCUUUACUACAUGAAGGGUAUCGAGAUCUGGCUGCCCUUCUCCAUGGUGGUGUUCCUGUUUUGUCUUCUUCCAAUGGCAAAGAUUCAGUUGGUGGAAUAACUUCAUAUGUACGGACAGUCCUGUGUGAAGGUGGCGUACCACAGAGGCCAGUUGUUUUUGUUACGAGGAAGAAGCUGGUUAAUGCAAUUCAGCAAAAGCUCUCCCUGCUGAAUGGUGAACCAGGAUGGGUCACCGUAUAUGGAAUGGCAGGCUGUGGAAAGUCUGUAUUAGCUGCAGAAGCUGUUCGAGAUCAUUUCCUCUUGGAAGGUUGUUUCCCAGGGGGUGUGCAUUGGGUUUCAGUUGGGAAACAAGAUAAAUCUGGGCUUCUGAUGAAACUGCAGAAUCUUUGCACACGGUUGGAUCAGGAUGACAGUUUCUCUCAGAGGCUUCCACUUAAUAUUGAAGAGGCUAAGGACCGCCUUCGCAUUCUGAUGCUGCGCAAAUACCCAAGGUCUCUCUUGAUCUUGGAUGAUAUUUGGGAUCCUUGGGUUUUAAAAGCUUUUGACAAUCAGUGUCAAAUACUUCUUACAACCAGAGAUAAGAGUGUUACAGAUUCAGUAAUGGGCCCUAAAUAUGUAGUUCCUGUGGAGAGUGGCUUAGGAAAAGAAAAAGGACUUGAAAUUUUAUCCCUUUUUGUUAAUAUGAAGAAAGCAGAUUUGCCAGAACAAGCUCAUAGUAUUAUAAGAGAAUGUAAAGGUUCUCCUCUGGUAGUGUCUUUAAUUGGUGCACUUUUACGUGAGUUUCCCAAUCGUUGGGAGUACUACCUCAGGCAACUUCAGAAUAAGCAGUUUAAGAGAAUUAGGAAAUCGUCAUCUUACGAUUAUGAGGCUCUGGACGAAGCCAUGUCUAUAAGUGUUGAAAUGCUCAGAGAAGACAUGAAGAAUUAUUACAGAGACCUUUCCAUCCUUCAGAAGGAUGUUAAAGUGCCCACAAAGGUGUUCUGCAUUCUCUGGGACAUGGAAACUGAGGAAGUUGAAGACAUACUGCAAGAGUUUGUUAAUAAGUCUCUCUUAUUCUGCGAUCGAAAUGGAAAGUCAUUUUGUUACUACUUACACGAUCUUCAAGUAGAUUUCCUUACCGAGAAGUAUCGCAGCCAACUUCAGGAUCUGCAUAAGAAGCUGAUAACUCAGUUCCAAAGACAUCACCAACUACAUUCUCUUUCACCCGAUCAGGAGGACUGCAUGUACUGGUACCACUUUCUGGCCCAUCACAUGGCCUGUGCCAAUAUGCACAAGGGAAUGCUGUACCUGGAGUGGAUAAACAAAAAAAACAUCAAGAAUCUCUCCCGUUUAGUUGUCCGCCCCCAUACAGAUGCUGUUUACCAUGCCUGCUUUUCGGAGGAUGGUCAGAGAAUUGCAUCCUGUGGAGCUGAUAAAACCUUACAGGUCUUAAAAGCUGAAACUGGAGAGAAGCUUCUAGAAAUCAAGGCUCAUGAAGAUGAAGUCCUUUGCUGUGGGUUCUCUACAGAUGAUAGGUUUAUAGCAACCUGUUCAGUGGACAAAAAAGUGAAGAUUUGGAAUUCUGUGACUGGGGAACUAGUGCAUACCUAUGAUGAGCACUCAGAGCAAGUCACUUGUUGCCAUUUUACCAACAACAGUCAUCACCUUCUCUUGGCCACUGGGUCAAGUGAUUACUUCCUCAAACUCUGGGAUUUGAAUCAAAAAGAAUGUCGAAAUACUCUGUUUGGCCAUACAAAUUCAGUCACUCACUGUAGAUUUUCACCAGAUGAUAAGCUUUUGGCCAGUUGUUCAGCUGAUGGAACACUAAAGCUCUGGGAUGUGAGAUCAGCCAAUGAAAAGAAAAGCAUUAAUGUGAAGCUCUUCCUGCUGAAUUCCGAGGAGCCUCAAGAGGAUGUGGAAGUGAUAGUGAAAUGUUGUUCUUGGUCCGCUGACGGUGCCAGGAUAAUGGUGGCUGCAAAAUACAAACUCUUUCUUUUUGACAUUGAUACCAAUGGCCUGUUGGCAGAAAUCCACACAGGAUAUCAUAGUACCAUCCAGUAUUGUGACUUCUCUUCUCACAAUCAGUUGGCAGUGCUUGCUUUAUCCCAGUACUGUGUGGAGUUGUGGAACAUAGACUCGAGUUUAAAAGUAGCUGACUGCAGAGGACAUUUAAGUUGGGUUCAUUCUGUGAUGUUUUCUCCUGAUGGAUCUUCGUUUUUGACAUCUUCUGAUGACCAGACAAUCAGGCUCUGGGAGACAAACAAAGUAUGUAAGAACUCUGCUGUUGUGUUAAAGCAAGAAGUAGAUGUUGUGUUUCAGGAGAGUGAAGUGAUGGUUCUUGCAGUUGACAAUAUAAAACGUCUACAGCUCAUUAAUGGAAAAACAGGUCAGAUUGACUACCUGACUGAAGCUCAAGUUAGUUGCUGUUGCUUAAGUCCACAGCUUCAGUACAUUGCCUUUGGAGAUGAGGAUGGGGCCGUUGAGAUUUUAGAGCUCCUAAAUGGUCAGAUCUUCCAAUCCAAGAGUGGACACAAGAAAGCUGUACGGCAUGUUCAGUUCACAGCAGACGGGAAGACUCUUAUUUCAAGCUCCGAUGAUUCUGCGAUUCAGGUAUGGAAUUGGCAAUCAGAUGAACAUGUCUUUCUGCAAGCCCAUCAGGAAACUGUGAAAGACUUUAGGCUCUUGAAAAAUUCAAGGCUGCUUUCUUGGUCAUUUGAUGGAACAGUGAAGGUAUGGAAUAUUAUGACUGGAAGAAUAGAGAAAGACUUUGUCUGUCACCAGGACACAGUACUGUCUUGUGAUAUUUCUCCUGAUGAGACCAAGUUUUCAUCUACCUCUACUGACAAGACUGCGAAGAUUUGGAAUUUUGAACACUCUUUCCCCCUUCAUGAAUUGAGGGGCCACAAAGGUUGUGUACGCUGCUCUGUCUUCUCUGCGGAUAGCACCCUGCUGGCGACUGGAGAUGACAAUGGAGAAAUCCGGAUCUGGAGAGUCUCUGGCGGCGAGCUGCUUCAUCUGUGUGCUCCCGUUUCCGUAGAAGAAGGAGUUGCUACCCAUGGAGGCUGGGUGACUGACCUGUGCUUUUCUCCAGACAGCAAAAUGCUUGUCUCCGCCGGGGGAUUUCUGAAGUGGUGGAACGCGGUCACUGGGGAAUCUUCACAGACCUUCUACACAAACGGAACCAAUCUGAAGAAAAUACAUGUGUCUCCGGACUUCAAAACAUAUGUAACUGUUGAUAAUCUUGGUAUUUUGUACAUUUUACAGAUUUUAGAGUAAAACAGCUGGCCAUCAAAUUAAAAGAUAAAUUCUUUAAGUUUUUGAAAUGGAAAAGUUGUAAUGAAAUUCUGUAUUUCAACUCUUUUAUAAAGCUGUGAAUUGUAGUAUUGCAUUCAUUAUAAAAGUGUUUGAUGGUGGAUGAGUAUUAAUCAAGCUUUUCCUCAAAUGAACAUACCUUUAAUUUCGUUUUUCAUAAUCAUCAUCUUUAUUGUGAACAGUUUAUCCUUACCAUGCAAGUGAAAAUAGUAUAACAAGGUACGUUAUUUACGUUGGUAAAAUUCUCUUGAUGCAUUCAAAUUGGUAGGCAUAAUUAAUGAGAACAAUUUGAAGGAAAUUUGUAUUUUAAUAUGACCAUUAUGCAGGCAGUGCGUCAGAGUAGUGGUGGCCAGCUCUCUGACCCACAGUUGCCCCAAAGGAGCAUAGUUCUGCCAAACACAAUCUUGGAGCUUAUUUGCCCUCUCCGAAUUUGCUUUCAGAGAAAACAUAACUCUGGCUGUGUGCAUAGUCAGCCUUCUUUCCUUUAAUUAACUCGAUCCCCAAGUUCUUUUGAUGAAGCAAAAUUUACGUGUGUGGGAUUGGGUAGAUUGUCUUGCUCUCAUGACUGGACUCCAGUUAUAUCUGCUUUGAACACUCUCCUGUCCCUUGUUUUUCACAUACCAGACUUCUUCCCUGUCCAAACUUGAGCUUUCUUAAUCCUCUCAUUUUCUUUUUUUAAUGGUAGUAAAUAAGAAUAAUUAGGUAAAGGUCAAUGUUUAAUCCUAAAUUUGGAUAAAAUACUUUUUCUAAGAAAUAUGAAAUAGUUAAAAAAAACCUCUUUCUCUUUGUCAUUUACUUUGACUUCCUUUUUUUCUUUCUGUAGUUUGAAUGAAAGUUUACAGAACCAAAUCACUUUCUAUUCAACACCUUAAGCAGAUUUUGUUGUACGGUGUUAUUGUAACCCCCUAACGACACCAACACUCCUUCUCCCGUGGUCCGUUUUCACUUGUCCUCCUUGCCUGCCACUUCUGAGCUGCAUUUUGGGCUCGUGUGGUCCCGAGGGUGGAGCUGGUUCCUCAGGAGUGUUAGUAUUCACUCAGCUCUGCCGUGAAUGGUGCUGUUAGCGUCUGAGAUUCAGCAGAAUUCUCUGAUUUUCUGUGCAUUGUAGAAGAAUCAUUGUGAUUCUGGAAGAUGUCGAUUUUAACUUUUCAACCUUCCAUGCAGCCUGUUAUCCCUGUCCUUCCCUUCCUCUUGUUACCGAGGUUUAUCAGGAAAGAUAGCUUUUGAUUGGAUUGGAAAGAACUUCAUCAGUAACUAGCUAUUUUGGCUUCCUGGAUUAGGAGCCUUAAUAAAAAUUUAAGUCUAAGCAUUUUCUCUGAAAUACAUCAAGGGAAGUAUGGAUAACUUAAUAAUGGAUUGCCAUAUGGAAAGGGUCAUCCCCAAGCUACAGUUUCCUGUCUCUGUCACAGGAACGAAAUCAACUUGGUAGGAGUAUGAACAGUGGUAGGUCAGCAGUGGCCCUGUUCGAUGGCUGGUCCUUGCUAGGAGAUGGGGACAUUGGUGGGAUCUGAACAUGACCUGAUUCUUUUUAGCAUUUGAGGGCCCCUUACACAGAAUGAAAACUUUUUAUAUUGUGGAGGAGGUUUUUUAAAGUUUUGUUUUCUGUAAAUGAACUGGUUUACAUGCUCACUGUGACUUAGGCAAUAUGUGAAAAUGUUAAUUUUAUUAAAUCACCAACUGGUAUAUAUCUGCAUAGAGUAUCUAAAUCAUAAUUUGGUUUGGGUGCAUUCUUUAGGAACUCAUCGCAUCGAUAGCUCAGAGUUCAAAAAUACUAAUUUUUAAAAUUAAAAUCCCCAAGACUGUUAUGAGUAUAUAAACAACCAGCAGCUUUGGUUGCCCCUUGUUUUAAAAGAAGUGAUCAAGAAGAAACACAGGCUGCCCAGAGGGAGGAGGAGGAGCCGAGCACGAGGGGACUGCAAAUCUCAUGGAAGCUCACGAAGUCGGCAAAUGAGCGUUUUUAAGCAUUUUCUCUGGCUGAAUUUUUUGGGGGGGCUUUGGAAAUCACAUUGAACUUUGUAUAUAUAGAUAGAUUUUUUUUUACAUUGUAUGUGUCUUGUAUGGUUUGAAAACUUGUCAGUUUUGUAUUUAUGGUAUUUUCUACAUGAUUUAUUUGUCUUGGUAUACAUUUUAAAAUUGCAUUCAAAAAUUGUUUACAAAAAUAAAAUUUAUAAAAUCGUUUUAAAAACA